AUGAUGAGUUCGUCCAAAGUGUUUGAAAAAUGGCAGUCGCGCAUCCGUCGACACUUCGCCGCCUCCGGGGAAUUGGGCUCCAACAAAAAAGCCCGCGCGAAAUUGGGUGGGUAUUCUCAAUUUAGUGGGCAAAUUUGCGGCGAGGCUUUUAUUAACAUAUUGUUUAAGCGUGUUUCAAGCUUUACAGGGGCCGGGGGGUUUUUCGAAGGUUUCUGAAUCCGAUUUUUAGCAAAUUUUAGUAGAUGCCCUAAGGGUGAGGAGGUCAAAUGUUCGUUUAUGACUUUCGCGGAGUCAUUUUUAAUGUCCAACUUGGCCAAAAACAGUCAUCAGAUUUGCCAUUGAUAUGCGUGUUUAAUAAAAAAAAAUCGUUUUUCGCCUCUCAUGUUAAGCCCCAUUUUUCCAGUCGUCAUGGGUCGGAAUAUCCCGAUUUUGAACCGGGACACGGACUGGCUCAAGGCCUGGAUCCUGAAGAACACCUCGGAUCCGCAGAUUCAAAAGAAACUCGUCCUGGUCGUCGUCUCCAUUGCGCUUCUCUUGGACAACAUGUUGUACAUGGUGAUUGUCCCGAUCAUCCCUCGAUAUUUGCGCGAGAUCCACGCCUACGACGUGCAAUACGUCGGGUAUCACAAUGAGACCCACAAGCUGAAGAACGGCUCGGUGAUCGUGAAGAUGGUCGGCGGAGAAAUCGACUAUCUCGAUGAGGACAUGGAGUUGGGAUGGUUGUUCGCAUCCAAGGCCUUGUUGCAGAUUUUUGUCAACCCGUUCUCCGGCUUUGUCAUCGAUCGGAUCGGCUAUGAGCUGCCCAUGAUUAUUGGGUUGGUCGUUAUGUUCAGCUCGACGGCGAUUUUUGCUUUGGGACGGAGUUACAGUGUGCUGUUCUUUGCCAGGUCUUUGCAGGUGAGAGUUGAUGGCUUUUCAUCUCUUUCUGUUUUUCCUUGUGGCGGGGUAGAGGUUGUUGGUGUGUUCAGGAAAUAAAAUGAGCCAGAAAAGAGAGAGUAUCGACCUGUCGGGAAAAUAAUGAGCACAAUUUCGCUGUGCCAAUCGACACAAUUUAUUUUCUCAUCAUUUUUUUCGCGAUGCGAUUUUCGAGGCAACAGAGAUGUACUUUUGAUAAAGCUCGUUUUCUUGACCGUACUAAGAGCCUCGUUCCCAUCUUACAAAACCAGAAUACAUGUUCUCUGCUUUAGGGCUUUGGCUCAGCAUUCGCCGACACCUCCGGCCUUGCGAUGAUUGCGGAUCGUUUCACCGAAGAGGGCGAGCGUUCGGCGGCGCUCGGAAUCGCACUGGCCUUCAUUUCAUUCGGUUGUUUGGUCGCCCCACCGUUCGGAUCCGUGCUCUAUUCGGUUGCCGGAAAACCCGUGCCCUUCCUUAUUCUUGCCCUCAUCUGCCUUCUGGAUGCCUUCAUGGUGUUCAUGGUGAUUCAGCCGAAAACCGGAGAGAAACCCAAAGCUCCGCAGGUCUCCGACACUGGCGAAAAGCUGAAUGGCACACCGAUGUGGAAGCUGUUCAUGGAUCCGUUUGUCGCUAUAUGCUCGGGCGCUUUGAUCAUGGCGAACAUCUCGCUCGCUUUCCUGGAGCCCACCAUUACCACAUGGAUGUCGAUCACCAUGCCGGACACUCCGAAAUGGAUGGUCGGGAUGGUCUGGUUCCCGCCAUUUUUCCCCCAUGUCCUUGGGGUGUACGUCACCGUCAAGAUGCUGCAAAAAUUCCCACAGCAUCCGUACGCUUUCGCUGUGAUUGGCUUGGCGAUGGAAGGUAUUAGCUGCGCAUUUAUCCCGUUCACUUCGACCAUCUUCCAACUGGUCAUCCCACUUUCGACCAUCUGCUUUGGCAUCGCUCUAAUUGACACCUCGCUUUUGCCAAUGUUGGGCUACUUGGUGGACACUCGACAUGUCAGUGUGUAUGGCUCGGUUUACGCCAUUGCCGACAUCAGCUACAGUCUGGCGUAUGCGUUUGGCCCGAUCAUUGCGGGCAGCAUCGUUCACAACUUUGGCUUCGUCACACUCAACAUCCUCAUAUGUGUUCUCAAUCUGGGCUAUCUUCCCGUCCUCUACAUGCUGAAGAAGGUGUACGCCUAUGAGCAGUUGAAUGGCAGAGCUCAACAGGGACUCAACGGGGGACCAAAAGCCGAGACGCCAUUGCUGAACAGCUCUAACGGAUACGUAGAGCCUGUGGAGCCACCGAAGCCAACGCUAGCCAACCCCUUCGCGGACAGCUAUCAGACCGCAGCGCCAGUCCAACCGAAUCUGGGAUAUGAUCCGUUAAAUCCACAAUGGUAG